GGGGCGGCGCCCGCAAGGAUGAAUAAUUGAGGUAGAGGGGAGGAGGAAGAGGAGCGGCGGAGGAAGAGCGGGAGGCGGGAGCCGCCCGCGCAGGGUCCUCCCCACUCUGCACCCCACCCGCUCCGCCGCCCGGAAGUCGCUCCCCGCCUCCUGCUCCGCCAACAUGGCCGCGAAGUCGGAUGGAGCGGCGGCCGUGGCCGGCCCGGGGCCGGAGGGGCCGGCGGGAGCAGAUCGGGGCGGGGCGGGAGGGCGCGGGGAGGUUGCGGCGGGGAUCGCGGGUCCGGGACCGGUGGAGGCGGGGUGCCCGGGGCCACGCUACGAGCUGCGGGACUGCUGCUGGGUGCUGUGCGCGCUGCUCGUGUUCUUCUCCGACGGCGCCACCGACCUGUGGCUGGCGGCCUCCUACUACCUGCAGGGUCAGAGCACCUACUUCGGCCUCACCUUGCUCUUCGUGCUGCUGCCCUCACUGGUCGUGCAGCUGCUCAGCUUCCGCUGGUUCGUCUACGACUACUCGGAGCCCACAGGGACCCCGGGACCCGCCGUCAGCACCAAGGACAGCGACAUAGUCGGAGCCGCCAUCAGCACCAAGGACAGUGCUGUCGCCUUCCGGACCAAAGAAGGUAGCCCCGAGCUGGUUCCCCGGCCCGCACCAUCUUCGGCCGGCGCUUACCGCCGCCGCUGCUGCCGCCUCUGCGUCUGGCUACUGCAGACCCUCGUUCACCUCCUGCAACUCGGCCAGGUCUGGAGGUACCUGCGCGCCCUGUACCUGGGGCUGCAGAGCCGCUGGCGUGGGGAGCGGCUGCGGCGUCACUUCUACUGGCGGAUGCUGUUCGAGAGCGCGGAUGUGAGCAUGCUACGUCUGUUGGAGACCUUCCUGCGCAGCGCUCCGCAGCUGGUGCUGCAGCUCAGUCUGCUGGUCCACCGCGGCCGAGAGCCCGAACUGCUGACUGCUCUCUCCAUCUCUGCCUCCCUCGUGUCCCUGGCCUGGACACUGGCAUCCUACCAGAAGGUGCUGAGAGACUCCAGAGAUGACAAGCGACCUCUGUCCUACAAGGGUGCUGUGGUCCAAGUGUUGUGGCACCUGUUCACCAUCGCGGCCCGAACCCUGGCCUUCGCCCUCUUCGCCAGUGUCUACAGGCUCUACUUUGGCAUUUUCAUUGUAGCCCACUGGUGCAUCAUGACCUUCUGGGUUAUCCAGGGCGAGACAGACUUCUGCAUGUCCAAGUGGGAGGAAAUCAUCUACAACAUGGUGGUGGGUAUCAUCUACAUCUUCUGCUGGUUCAACGUCAAGGAGGGCCGCAGCCGCCGCCGUGUGACCCUCUACUACUGCAUCGUGCUGCUAGAGAAUGCAGCGCUCACCGGCUUCUGGUACUCCAGCCGCAACUUCUCUACUGACUUCUACUCCCUCAUCCUGGUCUGUGUGGUGGCCUCCAGCUUUGCAUUAGGCAUAUUCUUCAUGUGUGUCUAUUACUGUCUCCUGCACCCCAAUGGCCCCAUGCUGGGUCCCCAGGCACCCGGCUGUAUCUUCCCCGAAGCCCCAGGGCCUUGUGGUCCUCCAGCUGACGCCAUCACAAGUCCGCCAAGGUCUCUGCCGAGGACUACAGGCGCUGAGCGUGAUGGGGCUGCAGUGGGAGGUGAGCGAGCCGGGACCCCUACACCACCUGUCUUCCAGGUGCGACCCGGUUUGCCUCCCACGCCAGUGGCUCGCCCCUUGCGGACAGAGGGGCCUGUCAUUCGGAUUGACUUGCCUCGGAAAAAGUACCCAGCAUGGGAUGCUCAUUUUAUUGACCGCCGGCUCCGGAAGACCAUUCUGGCACUGGAGUAUUCGUCGCCUGCCACGCCCCGGUUGCAGUACCGGAGCAUGGGCACCUCCCAGGAGCUGCUAGAGUAUGAGACCACAGUAUAGGCACAGUCUGCCUCCCAAAGGGGCAGGCAGGGCUGACCCCACAUUGACCACAGUGUUGAGUCUAGACUUUUCAGGGCUACCAGGCUAAGUGGGAGUAGAUCUUUGGAUCCAAGAGUGGCCCCACCAUUAGGAUCCCUUAGGGGAGAAGGCAACCCUGUGGAGGCCCUAGGCCUCAUUUUAAGCCCUGUGGCCCAUUCUCUAAGUUCCCUUGGACCAGGGCACAGGGCAUCAACUGGUGCUACCCCUCAUGGACUGCCACACUCUCUUGGAAAUGCCAUCUAAUGCUUGGCACAGGGGUCUUAACUCUCCCUGGCCUAGAUUCAUCCCACAUCAUCCCUGGUGGGUCCACAAGAGAGAAGGCACUGCCUGGGGCCCAAGCACCCCUCAGGGAGUGUGGGGGGAAGGGCUGCCAUGUGGUGGGAGGGGACCUCAGAGAAGGAUGGAGAAGGCUGUUGAGGGUGUGGGAUGAGUUGGGGGGAUCUCUGGACAGGGUUGGUGCAGUUCCUGUAGGAAGGGGAGCUGGCCAGGAGGAGAAUUAGAGCAGAGAGUAUGAGAGGGGACUUGGGGAUCUGAAAGUGCAUGUGUUGGCAGGAUAAAGAACCCUGAGGGGUGAGGGCUGACAGCAAUAUGAAGGGGUACAAGUGUAGGGUGGGGUGCCUCUGCUGGGAGGUACACUUGGGAGGAGUUCUAUCAUGGAUGAAGUCUAGUCCCCUCAGGUGAAAAGUCACAAGGUGCCAUUUGUUCUAGAAUGUACAUAUGGGAUGUGCCCUCUAGAUGAAGGUCAUAAGCACAGCAGCUAAAAUGUCCAGGGA